GAUAAAAAGUAUACGUAAGAAAGAUAAAGCACGAACAGCACAAUUCAUAAUAUUUUUAUUUCGAACGUUUUUUUUUAUCUUUCAGAAGUCAUGAGUGUUUAGUUCAGCUCACCUUGUGAAUUUUCUGAGUGAUAUUAAUAAAUUUGUUUUGCGAUGGGGGUACCCAUGCUCUUAUUGGCUAUGGCCCUGCCCUUCCUGAACAUGUUGAUGUCAGUGAGCGGACAAUGUAGUUUCGCUCAACAUAUAGAACUAGGAAAGCAGUACUACAUUUACAAUGAAGAAUACCCUAAGAACUAUAGAAGAGGUACCAACUGCAGAUGGAGCGCUACAAGUGAACCUGGUACUCAGAUUGUGCUGACUUGCGAAGUGAUAAAUAUCCCAGAAUCGAAAGAAUGCUAUUACGAUAAACUUGCUGUUUCUCUAUCUGGAAACCCCACCUUUGCAGAUGCUCAUAAUUAUUGUGGAAAGGGAACAUUGAGUUUGAUAUCUGAACGCAACUCGUUAGAAAUAGGACUUUUCUCCAGUUAUUGGAGUCCUACCAGCCAAACUGGGAAUUUCAUUUGUAGCGUAGCCUCUAUUCAGGGCAAUGUUCCAACAACUACCACAAAGAGGCCAGUGACGUGCGAUUGUGGAUGGAAACAAGGGAUGAGAAUUGUAGGAGGUCAUGAAACAGGAGUUAACGAAUAUCCCUUCAUGUCUGCACUUGUUGAUGCAGAACUUGGCAGUUUGUAUUGUGGGGCCAGCAUAAUAUCAGAACGAUACGCUUUAACUGCAGCACAUUGUCUGACCAACAGAAUGAUCAACAAUAUAGGACUUUUAGUUGGUGAACACAACAUUUCCACAGGUACCGACACACCUUAUUCGAGAAUCUAUCUCCUGAAUAGAUUCAUAAUUCAUCCAGACUUCGAACCACAAACUCAGAACAACGACAUAGCCCUGGUGAAAACAAAAUUAAGUAUUGAAUUCAGUCUCUACGUCGGCCCAGUGUGUUUGCCAUUCAGGUACAGCAGUAACGAUUUCAGAGGCCUGCCUGUGACAGCUCUAGGAUGGGGCUCCGAAGAAUUCUCAGGUCCAAGGUCAGACGUCCUCCAAGAGGUCACGUUGAACGUCAUCAGCAAUGCCGAAUGUUCCAACACAGAGAAGAAUGUGACGUACCAACAGCUAUGUACUUAUGCACCCAAUAAAGACUCUUGUCAAAGUGAUUCUGGAGGUCCGUUGGUUUGGAUGCAAAGCAGUAUUAGAAGACUGGAACUGGUCGGUGUGAUAUCCUUUGGUUUAGGCUGUGCCACUUUAAGACCCUCUGUUAAUGUGAGGGUCACUUCUUACCUUUCUUGGAUAGUUAGCAAUAGUCCAGAUACAAACUACUGCAUACGGUAGUCAUCCAAACAUCCAAAUUGGACAUCACUGUCACAAGAGAUAUCAUCUCAACUACGUUUGAGGAUAAUAUUAUGAAUUUUAUUUAUUUUAGUUCGAAGAAGUAAUUUAAGUUAUUUAAAUUGUUUAUUUUCCAAAAUGAAAUAAAUGUGUUAAUUUUA